UUGAAGCAUGCACAUAUUCUCUGGACUUCAUAUUUGCAGAGCGGGACGGAUCGUGUAACGCUUUUGCUAUCACAGCGCGAGGCAGAGGAUAGCAGAGAGGAUGCUUCGAGAAGAGUGGCUGUUGCAGUGCAUGUGCCGUAAGAUGGAGACAUAUUGGGGCUAAGGAUCGUAACACGGAGGAAAUAUGUUGAUCUGCACAGGAUGCAUGCCUUCCCUGGUGUCGUUUCUCGCCUGUAAUAUGUAGCGACGACCGAGCAGCUUUUGCUUUGAGGCUCCCGCGAAAAGCGUCGCUCAUCCCCGGCUGGAGCAGAGCAACCUCACCCAGGUUCAGUGUCGAUGUGACGGAGAGAUGCCCCGCUAAAAGUGCGCUGUCCGCGGUGCUGAAGGGAUCCCGCAGCUCCUCGGGUCCUGACCUUCUCUCCCCAAAAUCCUCCUCCCGCAACAAGACACAGGAAGGUGGGCAAAAAAAAAGCAGGCCACCGCACAUGGACAACUGCUGGGCUUGACUUGAGUCAGCCUGGACACUAUUCUCUUUCAUGGCUGUGGCACGCAAAAUCAAAACUUUGCUGACCGUCAACAUCUUGGUGUUCGUGGGGAUUAUCCUGUUCUCGGUGUACUGCAGGAUCCAGGACCGGUCCGAGGAGAUCAUCCAGAUGGGGCGUAUGUCCGACCAGAGGCUGCGAGCCAGGAAUGGGAAAGUUUCCAACUUGGUGGACAGGCAGUCUAUUCUGCAGAGGCUGGAGAGGCUGGAGGACGUGGUCUACAACCAGCUGAACGGUUUGGCGAAGCCCAUUGGUCUGGUUGAGGGUCCCGGAGGUCUCGGUCAGGGCGGGGCUGCUGCCACUCUAGGGGAGGACAGUCUCGAUGUGGAGGGGAAAUACGAGGAGUACGGAUACAACGCUCAGCUCAGCGACCGCAUCUCCCUGGACCGGAACAUCCCCGACUACAGGCCCAAGAAGUGUAAGCUGUUGACGUACGCAGAGGACCUUCCUCAGAUCUCCGUGGUCUUCAUCUUCGUGAACGAGGCUCUGUCAGUGAUCCUGCGCUCCGUGCACAGCGUGGUCAACCACACACCGGCUCACGUGCUCAAAGAGAUCAUCCUGGUGGACGACAACAGUGACAGCGUGGAGCUGAAAUUCAACUUGGAUCAGUAUGUGAACAAACGCUACCCGGGCCUGGUGAAGAUUGUGAGGAACAGCAAACGGGAAGGUCUGAUUCGAGCCAGGAUUCACGGCUGGAACGCGGCCACGGCUCCUGUCGUCGGAUUCUUUGAUGCCCACGUCGAGUUCAACACCGGCUGGGCUGAACCCAUCCUGACCCGGAUGAAGGAGGAUCACACGCGCAUCAUCCUGCCCGCCAUCGACAACAUCAAGUACAACACGUUCGAGGUGCAGCAGUACGCCAACGCCGCCCACGGCUACAACUGGGGGCUGUGGUGCAUGUACAUCAUCCCCCCCCAGGAGUGGCUGGACAACGGAGACGAGACGGCCCCUAUCAGAACUCCAGCUAUGAUUGGCUGCUCCUUCGUGGUCGAUCGGGAAUAUUUUGGGGAGAUCGGACUUUUGGAUCCGGGCAUGGAGGUCUACGGAGGCGAGAACAUCGAGCUCGGCAUGCGGCUUGCAUGCCUCUGUUAG